AGCUUCAAUGAUAGGUUAGAAUUUUAUUUUUUUGAGUGAAAGAUCAAAUGGAUAAACAAUGCAGAUUUAUUUUCACUGCCGCCUUUGCUCAUAUUUAUCAAGGGUGCCAAUAUUAGUGGAGGGCACUGUACAGCCUUCACACAUACAUACAUACAUGCAUACAUAUAUACAGUAUGUGUGUAUAUAUAUAUAUAUAUGGUGGCAGGAUACAUGUAUUCGUACCGAACCGUCACGGUACGGACAUCUCGGUUCAGUGCAUGAAGCCUUACAACGAAUACAGGCAAUUCACCCCCAAUCCAGAAGGGGGCGCCUUAUACAUUAUACCAGCAGAAUCAACGCUGUUUGAUAACCACCAGCACCUGCAGAAGAACAGCGAAUGCCAUGAGUUGCACACUUGAAAACAAAGCCCCCCAGACAGUGACCAUGUCCUGAUUCUGAAUGCGUCUGUCACAUAGACUGACAAGGGAGUAUACUUUAAAGGCUUGCGCACUCAACUGUUUGCGAAAUGGGGCUUUGUGCUCGUGUAUCCUACCUCUCUCAUUCGGCACAAAUCCAAAUAUUCCGUAAUAUUUCCAUAUUUGCCAUAUGUAACAUAUCUGAAUGCUGAACUAUUAUUUAUUUGUUGUGAAACUGAUUCAAACAGAGAUUUCAUUGAGUCUCAGACUCGGUCAUUUGAUCUGAGCAUCAGAUUCAUAAACAGCUCAAUCAGUUAUUUCUAGACGCAAUAUUUAUAUUUCAUUAAACAUUGUUGAUCGGCAAGAAGCUUUUACAUCCAUUUACUUAAACAACUGAUCCUUUAACCUCUAGAACUGAAAUAGAAAAGCAACAGAACAGUGAUGGAGCUUCACAUCUGUACAAAUGAACAGAGAUUGUUACUGUUUGAAAAUCACUAAAAUCUCUUACAGGACGAUGAACAGGCAGAGAAGAUCAGCUGAAGACUAAAAACAGAAGACAAAAAAAAAGACUAUAAACAUGUCAACCCCUGAUACCGCAGUGAUUGUUGCCCACAAUGUUCCUCGCAGGAGAAGACAGAGCAAAAAUUUGCCUCCUACUCUGAGGAUUGUUCUUCUGGGUUCGAGCGUGUCAGAAAACAGUCUGGUGGGGAACUUCAUAUUAGGACGAGCAGCGUUUGACAGUGAAGCUCCUCCAGAUGUUGUAGAGAGAGUCGGAGGAAGACUGAAGGACAGACACGUGACCGUCAUCAACAGUCCUCAGCUGCUCCAGACGAACAUCUCAGAUCAUCAGAUCACACAGACAGUGAGAGAGUGUGUGAAUCUGUCUGAUCCAGGACCUCAUGUGAUCGUACUGCUCCUCAAACAUGAUCCGUGUUCAGCAGAAGAUCAGGAGUGUGUGGAGAAGGUGCUGCGCUCUUUCUCUGAGAGCGUUUAUCAACACACCAUGGUGCUCAGCACACAAGAGCCCACAGAAACCAGUGACAUCCUACAGAACAUCAUCCAGAAAUGUGCAAACAGACACUUCGGUCUCCAGAGCAGCAGCUCUCCUGAUGAUCUUCUGCAGACGCUUGAAGACAUUGAGAAGAUGAAUGAUGGACGUUAUCUGGACUGUGCUGAAGCUUCACAGUGUUUCAUGAUGGAGCAACAGACCACAGAGAGACGUUCAUCAGAGAAUGAAGAAGAGCUGAGGAUUGUGCUGCUGGGAAAAAGUGGAGCCGGGAAAAGUGCAACUGGAAACACAAUCUUAGGAAGAGAAGCGUUUACAGCAGAGACAUCUCAUGAGUCUGUUACUGAAGAGUGUCAGAGACAGACAUCUGAAAUCAACGGGCGACGUGUUACUGUGAUCGACACUCCAGGACUGUUUGAUACUGAACUCAGUAACGAGGAGAUCCAGAGAGAAAUAACUAACUGCAUCCACAUGAUCCUGCCUGGACCACAUGUGUUUCUCUUACUGAUUCCUCUGGGACGAUUCACUCAAGAAGAGGAGACAUCAGUGAAGAUCAUCCAAGAGACGUUUGGUGAAAACUCAUUAAUGUACACCAUGGUGCUCUUCACCAGAGGAGACUUUCUGAAGAAGAAAACCAUCGAUCAGUGUUUGGGAAAACCUGGAUCUCCUCUGAUGAAGCUGAUUGAAGCGUGUGGAAACAGAUAUCAUGUGUUCAAUAAUAAUCAGACUGAAGACCGAACACAGGUGACUGAUCUACUGCAGAAGAUAGACAACAUGCUGAAAACAAACGGAGGAAGUUACUACUCGUGUAAGAUGUUCAGACAGAUGGAGAGAGAAAAACAAGAACAACAGAUGAAGAUCCUGAUGGACAGAGUCAGAGAAAGAGAAGAAGAGAUAGAAGAAGAGAAAGAGAGAAUGAAGAUGAUGAUGGAGGAAGAACGACAGAAUCAGGACAAAGAGAGAAAGAAGAGAAGAGAAGAAGAGUUUAAUGAGAGAGAAAAGCGAUAUAAAAGAGAAAUGAAGGAGAAAGAGAGAGAAAUGCAACAUGAGAUGAAGAGAGAACGAGAGGAAUGGGAGAAACAGAAACGAGAGGAAAAUACUAGAAGAGAAGAAGAGGACAAGAAAAUAGAGAAAGACAAACAGAUUCAGAGUGAAAUGGGGGGAAUAAUCAGAGAGAAAGAGAGAAUAGAAAGAGAGAGACGAGAACAACUAGAGGAUUCAGAGAAGAGACUGAAAGAAGAGAGAAAGAUGAGAGAAGAUCAACAGAAGACUCUUGAAGAGAAACUAAAGCUCCUUGAAGAACAGCAUGAAGAAGAACUGAAGAGAAGACGAGUGGAGUGGAGAGAGGGAUAUGAACGAGAGAAAGAGGAGAUGAUGAAGAAGAUCUGCUCUGAAACUGAUCCUUCACUGCAGGUCACAGCUUACAGGAAACUGGAGACUGAAUACAGGAAGUGGUCCUGGAGGCUUCACAGAGCCAUGAUAGAAACUGAGAACAAACUACACAACAAAAUAGAAAAUGAUGAAAUUCAUGAGGUUAAUGAUACUGAUCUUCACAGAGAACUGAAGAAGACAAGUGAAGAAGUGAAAAAAAACAAUGUCUGAAUUCAUUGAGAAAAG